UGUUAAAUGGUCCAGCAACCGUCCCGGUGCCGAGUAGUUGUUUGCUUCAGUCUCAACCGGCAGUCGUUAUGGCAGAGGAGGAGGAUUUAUUACCAAACCUUGUGACAGAGGAGAUGAGACACAGCAAUGGCGACUUCGUACCUCCUGACGGUUUAUGUUGGAUGUCAGUGCUGUCCUGUCUGCUGCUGGCCUGCUCUUAUGUUGGCAGUUUAUAUGUGUGGAGGAGUGACCUGCCCAGGGAUCACCCCGCUGUGAUAAAGAGACGCUUCACCAGUGUCCUCAUCGUGUCGGGCCUGUCGCCUCUCUUUGUGUGGGCAUGGAGAGAAUUCACAGGUGUCAGGACUGGCCCAUCGUUACUGGCUCUCAUGGGGAUCCGGUUUGAAGGUCUCAUUCCUGCCAUAGUACUUCCUCUGAUGCUCACCAUGGUCCUAUUUCUGGGCCCCCUCAUGCAGUUGGCUAUGGACUGCCCCUGGAGCUUCAUGGAUGGGAUCCGGGUGGCUGUAGACCCCUGGUUCUGGUCAUUGUGUUUCAGUGACAUGCGCUGGUUGAGGAAUCAGGUGGUGGCACCGCUCACAGAGGAGCUGGUGUUCAGGGCCUGCAUGCUGCCCAUGUUGGUGCCCUGUGCUGGUCCCUUCACUGCCAUCUUUACCUGCCCCCUCUUCUUUGGAGUUGCUCAUUUCCACCAUGUGAUUGAGCUGCUGAGGUUCAGACAGGGAACGCUGUCAGGGAUCUUCCUCUCUGCAGUGUUCCAGUUCUCUUACACAGCAGUGUUUGGGGCUUACACUGCCUUCAUCUUCAUCAGGACAGGUCACCUGAUGGGUCCAGUGCUCUGCCACUCCUUCUGUAACUACAUGGGUUUUCCCGCUAUCAGCACAGCGAUGGAGCACCCCCACCGCCUCACCGUCCUCUCCUCCUACCUGAUGGGGGUCCUCCUCUUCCUCCUCUUCCUCUUCCCCUUCACUGACCCCUCCUACUACGGUCUCCCUACACCGGUGUGCACCCUCACCUCCUCCCCCAGCUCCCUCUGCCUUUCCUGAUCCCUGUCCCCACACACAUCUCUGCUGCUGUCACGUCACCUUCCACUGAUGAAGCAGUCAAGGGCGUAUUUUUGCCAAGUUAGGGUUCAGGUAAGGUCCAGUUUGGACCUACAGCGUUAACAGCCAUGUGGACUAUGUUGCCAUGGAGAGGUCGGGAAAUCUGUAGCCAUUUUCUAUGGUCUAUGGACCCUGGAUAUGUCAAUGCAUUACAUGACAUAUUUCAGUUAAUCAGCUGAAGUACAGCUGACUCAGUUUGGGCAGGUGGGGGGUUCGUAAUGGGAAUGAAGUAUGACUGUCUGGUUGAAGGACAGUCUUUGUAAUCUUUGGCCUUAGCUGCCAUGCUGAUACUGAUUUUAGUGUAGUUACAACACUGAAGGACAGUUCCUCCUCAGACCCUCUCAUGCUGACAGAUCUCAUCAAUUUGUGAUGAAGCAUCAUAAUGUACCUUUUUGGUGUACUCAUAUUCCACUGCUGCCUCUUCUUUAAAGGAUAAUUCUGGUUAAUACAACUUUGGUCUUAUUUUAGUAAUUUUGGCAGCCAUUAAUGUGAGUUAUAUGAGAAAGUUAUUGGAAGGAUUUGGAAACUAAGACAUCACAAAAAAGUCCAGUCAGACAAGUGGAAAUGAAAUCCCAGGGCAACAGUAAAAUUAUUACAAAGUGUCUGUUUGCACUGUGGUGAGAAUAGUCACACUGCAGCUAUUCAGCUAUUUAAACCCAUUCCUCUGCCGCGUUAUUAUGGACCCCACUGUGUGCUGUGAUAGACUAGUACUUGUGACCAGGGUUGGAAUUUAACCUUUUUGUCCACCUGCCACUGAGGCUGGUGGAUUCUAAAUCUACCAGUCAGUCAAUAGAUGAUCUUUUUUGGGCAUAUUCUACCAGCAUUUGGGUGGUGGCUGGUGCUAAUUUCCAACCCUGCAAGUGACACGUCGAGGUUGAAGGUGGUAAGGGUAAGAGCAAAGAGUUCAUGGUAAGGCAAGUACUAGCCAAUUUCGGGUAUUCUCUGAGAUUAAAGUAGUAAAAAACUGGUAAAGCACAGGACUUUCACACAGGAGACUGUUUGAGUCCCGAGUGAGUCAUUGUGGGCUUAUUAUUUUUAGAAUAAGUUGACAUAUUAUUGUCAAUUCUUAGGAUGUAUUAAGCUGCUACAUGUACAUUAUGUACAUAACCUUUAGCAGAAUAGCUGAGUAGACCUGUUUUGCAAGGACACCCAGGAAUAUACACCUGGACAUGAAGAGCUACAAAGGCUAUUUACACACAGAUGUUAACAGCUACAUUGGCUAUUUAUCCCCAAAUGCUAUUAGCUACAUAUGUAGGUAAGUAGCUACAGCUAGUGUAACUACUUACACCCGAGUGUGAAAAGUUACAUUGGCUGUUUACACCCUAGUGUCAAUAGUAGUGAUGGUCAGGACACCUGGGUGCAAAUAGCAUCUGCCAAAUUAUUACCCAUUUGUGAAGAUCAGCCCACUUCCUGGUUCAACUUUGAAAAACUGUACUUGUUGUAGUUGUAUUGCAUUAGCGCUGCAGCUGUUUAGUGUUUUCAAAUUGUUAUGGAUUCCGUCACACUCGCUUUCAGCUUGACUUCCAAUAACAUGGUUAAGAUAAUCUUGAUAAACUGUGUCGCCCCUCUUAACCAAUAGAAAUGAUGGCCUCUGAAAAUAAGACCUGAGUUCUGCUAAGCGACAGGUCUCAUCCAAGUAUAGAGUUUUCGGUCAAAAAAUGAAAAAAAAAAGCUUUAGGUCUCAGGUCAGGUUCGGAUUUUACAUUUGGCUGAACUGGUUGGGUUCAGUGGAAUCUAGCAGGUACUGUAUAGGCCUGAUUUGGGUCGUUGUUUUAGUAAACCAGAAUUAGCCUUUAACACCUUUGAGCACCUCCUGAGUGACGCAUGGGUUAUGGAGGAACAGUCUUUCCAGUGAACACAGCGAGAGUCACAACCCUUACACAGAACUCAACAUCUUUAAUGGCUGCACUGCAUUCUGGUCUAUAGAUGUUCAUAGAGAUGUUGGCAUCUUUGCCUCUCCUGGUUGGGAGGUUUUCUUGAUAUGACUGUUCAAUGACAAAUGACCCUGCUGUAGCUGUACCAGAGUUAAGGACUGUUGGGUGACACCUUGGUGUGAUGUAGGAAUAGGAAAUAUACACCAGGAAUUCAAUCUGCAUCACCUACAGUUGUUUUUAAUGUUGUGGUUUCGUUUUUAAACAGUGACAUUUCAUCUGGAUUUCUUCUAUGUUUGAAAUCAGACACGAUGACUCUGCUGUUGCAGAGAAGCAUUUUGCUGGAAGCGCUCAGUGUUUUGUACGAUAUAUUAAUGAUUAUUUAUAUACCUCUGCAUGUUUCAGUGCUGGUAGUUGUUGUUUUGUUGGUGAAAGUGGGUGAUGGGAUAGGUUUGGGGGGGGGGGGUGUCUACUCUUCAUAAUGGCUGAAACAUCCUCUGUGUAAGUGCACAAACACAAAUGACAAACUGGUUGUACGUACUCAUAGGAGAAAGGUCUAAUGUCCUCAGGGAGGUGAAACGUGACUGGGUGAUACUGGGACUUAGGCUGGGCUGCCAUGAUAAUUGUGGAAAAAAAUAGAACAUUGCACAUUUGGUUUGGUUUAUUUAAAACGUUCACACCUGUUUGGUUUAAACAAACCCUGGUGUGUGUUAACCUGUUGAGUAUGGUUUGUUUGAGCUGAUGAGAAAGCUGUCAGUCAGACUGUGGUGUGGUUAAACAACCGGAUUGAGACUGCUUGAAAAGAAUAUAUUCUUUUCUCUAAUUAAUCACAUAGUCAAAAGCAGUUAAAGGGUAACUUUUGGUAUUUUUUAACCUGGAUUCUAUAUCCCAUGUUUUUGUGUGUAAAUGACUAAUGGGAACAACAACAACUUUUGAUAUUGGUCCAGCAUUAAGCACUGCCAGCAGUGGCGAAACAGGCUGUAAUAUAAUUCUUGGGGGCAACUAAGCACGAGUAUUUGUUUUUGCCACUGACAGGCUCAGAUUGUUAUGCUGAGUGUCUGACAACAUUAUUGAAAAAGACCCCUACAGAGACAAACCUUUUGUUGAAGAGUAAUAUCUUUUUUGUGUAACCAGAAACAGCCCCGAAAUUUGCCAACACCAAAUCCACCAGAUUCCAUUUAUAUAAACAGUAUUUUAUCAUUGUUAAACACACUUCAAAGUUGAUAGAAACAAAAUAAAACCCACAAAACCCGUCUUUCAUCUACCCACUGUUCCAACAAUCACCAACUCAAGUUCGGUUAAAAUGAGUUCUUAAUUCACUCAGUUAGAUGUGAAAAUAUGCUGGCUCUAUACACGCUGAAAUGACUGUUUAUUUAAAUGGAGUCAAGUGGAUUUGGUGAAGAGGAUUUCAGGGCUGUCUCUGGUUAAACAAAAAGAUCAUACUCCUUAACAAAAAGGUCUGUUUCUAUGGGGAUCCUUUCAAUAAUGUUGUCAGACACUUAGAAUAGCAAUCUGAAGCUGCCAGUGAUAUAAACAAGCACUUUAUAUGGAUGUAAAUUGAUGGUGCUCAGUUGCCUGCAGGGGUACAUUGCAGCCUGUUUCACCACUGCUGGCUGCAGUACUCUCACUCAGUACUGGACUAAUUUGAAAAGUUGUUGUUUCUAUUAGUCACGUAGACACAAACACGUAAAAAUAAGGUCCGGGUUGGAAAAUACUAAAUUUAGCCUUUGAAUUUCAGUGAGUUGUGCUUGUAUCAUCCAUGUACUUCAGUGGUUUAUGAAGUCCAUUACGAAGUGUGUGACAAGUGGUUUUUUUUGUUUGUUUGUUUUUUCUAGCCUGAAGCGUCCGCAUUUGUGUCCUUACACAGAGUAUGUUUUUGGUCUUAAAGCUGGAGAUUAUUAUUAGUUGUCUUUUUUCCAAGGAUCUUUACUUUGAGUUCCUAAAAUGGCCUGUAAGCCUUUUUAUCAUAUGCUGAUUGCUAAUUGUUUUUCCAUUUUGAGCAUCUUGCCCACAGGAGCUUACAGUCCAUAAACUAGACACUAUUCAGAUUUGGUCCUUUGAUUUUUUUAGGCUGUCUCUCACCCAGUAUAUCUGUAGAUGCAAUAGGUGUGAUAAUGCCUACUGCUCCCAUUCUCUCUUGCUUUACUCAUAUAUUGCCUUUAAUUGAAGUGAGCCCAAGACUCUCACACUCAGGUGUCAUUUAAUAGAGGCAAGAAUGCUCCAACCACUGCACUGCAUGCUGCUACCACUAUAUUUAUAAUGCAGAUCCAGAAAAGGUCAGUGUGCACAUGACCUACCUUAUCAAGGGAAACUUAAUUAUUUGUUUUAAUAGUUUUGGCCAUCAUUCCCAUCAGUUCUGGUGGCAUUUAAUCAUUAACACAGGUAUCUACAGAGUUCAAAUGGAGUCGCAAAUGGUUGUUACACAAGCAGUCAGAAAGGUUAUAAGUAAAUCAACUGUUUGUUUACCCCAUUUUGCCUUAAAGGGACAAUUUACCCCCAAAUCAAAAAUAUAUAUUUUGUCCUCUAACCUGUAGAGCUAUUUAUUGGUCUAGAUUGUUUUGUUGUGAGCUACCAAGUGUUGGAGAUAUCAGCUGUAGACAUGUCUGCCUUCUCUCCAAUAUAAUGAAACUAGAUGGCACUCGGUUUGUGGUGCUUAAAGCACAAAAAAUAAUCCAUUUGAAAAAUUCAUUAGUAAUGUCUCUUUGCAGAAAUCAUGACCCAGUUACUCAAAAUAAUCCACGGACCUUGUUGUAAGCAGUUUAAUGUAGGAACUAUUAAGUGUCAAAAUACACUUGGCAACUAUAUCACCAUGCAGAAGGAAGUGUACAUCUACUGCUAGCUUCCCUAGCACCAUUGAGCUAGCUAAUGUUUCAGCUCAGUUGAGGAGGACGCCAUUAAUGUUUACAUCUCCUGAUGUUAUGAGCACAAGCCUCUCAUCCAUGAGUAGAUACACACUUCCUUCUGCACUUCCUUGAGUAACCUGGUCAUGAUUUCUUGAAAGAGACAUUGCUGUUGAGUUUUUAAAUUUUUUUUUUUUUUUUUGUGCCGUAAGCACCCCAAGCCAUCUUGGCCAUCUAGUUCCAUUAUAUUUCAUUCAGAGCAGGCAGACAUCUUUAUGUCCCUUUAAGGGACACCUGGAAUGUCUGAUCUCUGAUCUCAAACUGGAUUUGAAGCCAGUUUGACAAAGCAACCAAACCGUAUAAUUACUACCUCUGGGUCAAUCUUGAGAUGCCAUAGGGCCCAAAAGACUUUCCCAUAGACUUACGUUUGGAAGGAAAUGUCUGUAAAUCAGUAGAUACAUUUUUUUUUGCUCCUGUGAAAUGACUUGGUGCACUCUUGGGAGUCCAUUCAGUUUUCUAACAUUUCAAAAGUCGCAACAAGAGCCGCAACACUACAUCAUUUUAUCCCCAUUCACGUUAACAGAAGGCUAAACCGAAAGUAGCUGGCUUGAUAGUUAAACUGAAAGAAGCUGGCUCGGCUGACAAAGUCUCUAGUGCAUUUACUGUAUGGUGCCUAAUGAUCAAACAAUCAGCAGCAAAACAAAAGCAAACAGUCCAGGCCAUCUGAGUAACUGGUGGCUCAUGCUAACACCCCAAUUUAGGAAAUGUGUCACCAGUAAAACAGAUGUUGGAGCAUAUACAAAUCAAAUGCUUGUGUUAGAGUCCAAAUUAGCCCCCUGAAUUAAUAGCUAAUGCAAAUGAGCUAGUCCGUAGUGUCCGAGGUUAACUCAGACCAGGCCCUCAGGAAGUGCUCUGGGCUUUGAAGCCAAUUUUCAUAAUUACCACACAGUGAAAUUACAACUUCGGAGUCUGUCACUUGAUGACACUGGAAAAAUACUUUCCCCAUACCUUUACACAGUAAAGGUCAGUGGAUACAAUUUUUUAAGCCUCACAACCCCCAUGAAAUGACUUGUCUUACUAUCAGAAUUUAAUGCAUUUGGUCCAAUAACAUUUGGAAAGUCUGGAGGAGCCACAUGAUGAAAUCAUUUUAUCCCAUUUCAAGUUAGUGGAGCACUAAACUCGAAGUAGCAUGCUCAGCCAGUAGUCUCUAGUGCACUUGACACGGUAAUUUUGGUAAAGUUGAACUUUCUUGGCUACAUGCUCCACUAAGCAACUUUCAUAGGAAUGUACAAGGCCCCGCCUCCAAUGCUUUGUCCAGUUCUCUUGACACAUCCAUGGUGCACAUGUAUUGCAGAGGGGAUUCACAUUGGGUCCAAGCUAUUCCACUGAUUGACAGUUGGUUGCAGUGAGAAACACAGCAAUACACCAACAAAGGCAGGGAGGAAGAAGAUUGCUAGCUUGUGAACACGGACAGAGACAAUACAUGAGGUAAAACAUAAAACAGAAAUGCAUCCAACACUUUGUUAGGCCCCACGAAUACACACAGUGUGUUUUGUAGAGGACUGAAUGUAAAUCUGAUAUUUGUGUGUUUACAGGGAAACUCCAGGGCACCUUUAAGUGUAGAGCAACAAUUGCCUAGUGUCCUGAUUUUUAAGUGGUUGCUCUCACCAGACCUUAGGAAUAGUUUGUCUUAAAUGCCAUCAGACACUGUUAGAAAUAAUGGCCAAAACUUUAUGAAGUCAGAGUUGUGUGUACUAGACUUCUUUGCAAUCUUGUCAUAUUCUGGUUCUCCAGAGGCGACAUCAGCACGCAUCACUGGCUUUAUUUCUUUAAAAAUGUUAUUUAAUUUGACCUCAUAGAGUGAUUGGUACAACCAGCCAGUGUCCUUGCUGUAAUAACAGCCAAUGUGUAAAACUAGAAGAUGACUCGUUAACCUCUCACUGCCAGGGGCGUAGCAGCAAAUUCUGGGCCUUACGCUUAAGCAGUCAUGGUGGACCCAUCUCUCUCACGCACAUUUUGAAAUUUUUUUUCAAAGUCAGUUUGUAUUCUUUCCCUUUCCUUUCCUUUAUGGGGAUUUUCUGUGCUUGGGGAAAUAUAUGAGCAGCAUAUCAAUCACCUACUCAGCAGUAGCUCAGUUUAGAGACGAAUCCUAGUGCAGGGCCGGACUAAACCACUUGGCUGAAUAAAUCAGUCCUUCAACUGAUUUAUUCAGCCAAUUUAAUCUAGUUAUGUCACUAAUUAUUUUGAAAAUUGCAAACAAAACCAGACUUUUCAUUCCAGGCCCUCCUUCCUUUGGGGCCCUGGGUGAUCAGUUCCACUUUUCCCCCCACAACAAUGCCCCUGCUCACUCCACUGUUUGAGGUGAUUUGUAACUCACAGGUGGUGAUAUCUGAGGUGCUUCUGAGAGUGACUGAACUCAAAAUGGCAAAAACACUCUAAGCUAUAUUUAUACUGUGAAGAAGAAGAGGUGGGCUGUUUGGGUCUUCAGCAAUAAAUCCUGUAUGUGGGAACGUUUUUGGAUCCAUUUUAUGUGAUAGAGCAUGUGAAGCAGAAGAUGAAACAUGUCUGUUUAUGUAUGCUAACCACUGGUGGUAGUGGAGUUGGUAGGUUGUAGCUCACCUACACGAAGCUGCCAGCAGAGGGAGUCAGAGCACUUUGUCAGAGGCAGAGUUACUGUGAACUCACUGAGGGCGACUCUCCAUUCUGUUUAUCAGCCUGUCUGACAGCCGUCAUCCGUCACUGGAAAACCAAUUCGCUCUAACUUAUUUUAACUUUAGCUUCAACACAAUUACGUCCCAAUAGAGGAGACUGAUGCAGAGAAGAGGGACCCUGUGGUGAGACUUUCACUGAUGCUGGAUCCCUGUUAGAAAGUUUGUUCUGCCACAUUUUGUGUUUCAUACCAAUAGAUUUGUUGUCGUAUACCACAUCCAUACUCUACAAAUAAGCUGUACAAUAGUCAGUAACAUUUUGCCCCAAGGUUGAAUUGUAUUCACAUAUUAAUGGAUCAUCUAUAAGAGCUGGAGGUCCAGUCUGGGUUUCACUGGAGUUUUGUGACUCAGUCUUUACAGUAAUUCCCAGGACCUCAGUGAGUGUCUACAAAUCCUGUAAAUGUGGCUAUAGUAAAGUUUUCAAAUAUAGGGUCAGGGUUAAGGUGAAAAUUAAAUUUGAUUAUAUAGACAAGAUAAUAUGCCUCAAACCUAUAUAAAGCCACUAUGUGUAGAUUUUGCAAUACAUGUAAUUACAGCAUCUUUUAAAUGAUUUUUCUGUCAGGUUGUUUUUUUUGUAGAAAAAAGAGUCGUUUCCAGUGAAAAUUGGUUUCAGACUUUGGCCUCUAGUUUACUGUUGGUGAACUGGCACUGUUGCUGUGCUGUGUUGAUCUGUAAACAAACUGAAUCAAACAGGGGCUGUUUGUUGCUUUUAGCCUUUGAUUCUCAGUGUCCAGGGGAUGGGUGUUUCCAUAGUUACUUUGAGGGUGUAGCCAGGGCAGUCCAUAAGAGGAGAAAAGGGGGGCCCAGUCGCUAGGGGGAGCCCAUGGAAGCCAGCAAUAAUAACCAAAUUUUAUUUUGAACUUAAAUAUGCACCAAGGAUUUUUUUUUUUUGGUUUUUAGUAAAAUGUGUCCUGUUUCAUAACAAAACCCCCUCUCAUUAAAAAGUGAGUCUCUUUUUUUCUGCACUAUUGCUAAAAAGAAAACACGGGUGGUGGGCUGCAUGGUCUGAGAAAUUUACUGAUCUAAACUAACCAUUAACUAAUGUUUGAAUGAAUUUCCCUACUAUGCUGGGAACUACAAAAGAGGAAGCAGGAGAGGGCCUUAAACUCAAAUAAUAAUAUAAUGAACUUUUUUCAGUCAGCUCAGAAAGCUGCUCUGACCCAGAUUCAAAUGGCGAAUGAUAGCUAGGAGGUUAAUGUUACAAUGACGUAGCUAGCAUGAGUGAAGGAGUCACUAGACAUUUCUGUGGGCAGUGUAUCAAUGUACAUCACUGUUAGCCACAAUGUCUUUUGAUGUUACCACUGGUGGGCGCCACAAUUUAAAAAAAAAAUGCUGCACAUAGUGGCUUUCAUUUAUUAAAAUCAACAUCAAUCAAAUAAUCAUCAAAGCUCAACUUUAGAAGUCUCCUACAACCUCAUUGCCUGUUAAGAGUGUGCCAUACCAUUGUUCCGACAGCCCAAAAAUUCCGAAGCCCCAUUAGUCCAAAAAAUGUCCCACUGGACUGAAAGUCCAUUUCUCCGAUAGCCUGUUAUCCAAAAUGGAAACACCUAUCACUCCUCAGUCCAGUUUCUCUGAAAAUACAAACUCUUUGCAUUUACUUUCCCAGUGGUGUUUGAGCCACUGACCCCAGGUGUUUGUACAGACCCUUUGUGGCGUUCGACCACCAAUGCUGAGCAUUUUUACUGACCAUUCGUAGUGUUUCACAGCAGCAUUUGAGCCAGGAUUCGAGGCAUUUUCUUGCGGGGUUGGUGCCACUGAUCCCAUGUUGUUUUACUGACCCUUUUGCAGCAUUUCCAGCAGUGUUUGAGCCACGGUGCCCGGGUUCUUUUACCACCCCCUUUGCAGCGUUUCUCAGUGGCGUUGGAGCCACCAAUCCCAGGUUGUUUUACCAACCCCUUCACGGCAUUUCCCAGCGGUGUUUUAGCCACUGAAUGCAGGGGUUUUUCCCUGUUCCACCCCUGCCUUUCCACUGACUUCUGUGCCAACAAAUGAGGGUGUUUUAAGCCAAAACAUGAUCUUUUCCUAAUCAUAACCAAGUGAUUUUUGUGCCUAAACCCACCCACACUUCACCAAAGUAUUUUUGACAAAUGAAACCUUGUGUUUUACAGAAAUGAACACUGGCAUAAUUUUUGGUUUUGGUUUGUGUAACUGCAGGGAGUGUGCAUUUUCAGAGAAAUAGGACUUUGGAGCAAUGGCUGUUUGUUUUUGGGAUAACCAGCUGUUGGUGAAAUGGGCUUUCAGUCCAGUGAGACAUUUUUCAGACCAACAGGGCUCAGAAAUUUUGGUACGUCAAACAAUGGGCAGUCCCCAUUAAGAGACCCAGCGCAGAACCAAAGGUUCACAAACUAAUAUAUAUGUGCUGUUAUAUCUCUUUGAAGCACUGUUUUCUAAAGGGAAGCAAUCACUUUCUGCAGAAAAAAAUAUUCCUUCCAAUCCUGACAUGAAAUGACAUUCUAGAUCAAGUCACACUUUGCCAGCUGUUCUGUGUCAAGCUUCAUAUUAGCACUUUCUAUUUUCCAUCCUCUCCAUUAGAAAAGGCACACAACAGGGUCAGCCUAUGUCCCUUUUACUUAUUGUUCUAUCCAUUGAGCCCUUUGCUAAGGCUGUCCCCCAAUCAGCUAAUCCAAAUAUCUUAUUGAGUUUCUGCGAAAGAGGAACAGCUCAAGGGUGCUCCCUUUAUUUUCCUCACAGCAAGCUCAGCAGUGAUGAGUGAUUAUGCAUUGUUCCUUCACUCACAGCCCAGACAUUACUCACAAACAGGCUGUCACUCAGAAUACUUAAACUUAUGUCUCUGUAUGAUGUUGAGCUUUUCAGUUUCCUGUCAGCGGCUUAACCUCACACACCACCGGGGUGAAAUACUAGUUUUUUUUAUCACUGCUGUAAAAACAGAAACACUUCAUGUUUCUUUCUCAAACAGCAUCCUCAGCCAACAACAACACGUCAGUAUUUGCUGUUGAAAAUGGUGAAGCUGUAUUAAUAUGCAGAGAGCAGCAUUGACAGAGACUGCAGAGUCUAUUUUUGCUAAGCUUUAGCAGCUCCGUUAUUUUAAUACACAACACCCAGAGGAAGAAUAAUUUCAAAUGUGCAUUUUCAGAACUUGUGAAAAAAAUGAAUCGUGAGUCAGCUGGUGAGACAGAACUCCACAGAUGUUUAUAUUGAGCACUAUCUUUUGUAAUCAGAUCUAUUUUGGUGACAGGAACAGAGUGUACAGAUAUGUGCAUGUAUUUUAUGCUCACUGUGUCACACUUGUUGUACAAUUCAAGUUAGAGACGACAGAACCGUGUUUUAGUAUGACAAUCUUUUACAGAAACUUUGGAAUCACUCUGCAAAAUAUCUAUUUGUAAAUAAAUAAUGUUCUUUUAUAUAUCGCUUAGUGUCUGUGCUGUUAUUGAUGCCUCAGUUCAUUUUCUCUCUGUGGUCUUUGUGAACCAUUUAUGCUGUUUUUUUACUGUAUUAUAAUGAGCUUUAGGAUCCACCACAUAAUGUUGAUACAGAUACGAUUAGGGUGAUGUAUUCUGAAGAAAUCUGUCGUGUCCUAAAAGUGAAAAACAUUCACAUAAAGCAACAGUUGUGUGUUAAAUAAAUAUUCAUCUUUUUUAUGUGAAUAAUCCAACAUGAUCUCACAGAAAUACUUGAAAUGACCCAUCCACCACCCUGACUUCCCAAUAUGGACUUUCUCACUGCUCAUACUCCCCAUGGGGGCAUUGUAUUAACCACCACCCAAUGCGUGAUGUCGUGUAACCAGGAAAUUCUUCUGUCCACCACGACAAAGGAUCCUAAUAGAUUUUCCACUGGCCAAGUUUCUGGCAGUUUACUGGUGCUGGCAUGUUAUUUUAACUAGGGCUGUACCUGACUCAGAAUAUUUCAGUCCAAUCAGAUUUGGCUGUUUAAUGUGAAUAU